AUGCAGAAGGGGAUGCGGCUCAAUGACGGGCACGUCACCUACCUGGGGCUGCUGGCGAAGAAGGACGGCGCCAGGAAGGGCUACCUGAGCAAGCGGAGCUCCGACAACACAAAAUGGCACACCAAGUGGUUCGCGCUGCUGCAGAACAUGCUCUUCUACUUCGAGACCGACUCCAGCUCCCGGCCCUCGGGGCUCUACCUGCUCGAGGGCUGCGUCUGCGACCGGGCGCCCUCCCCCAAGCCCUCCCUCUCGGCCAAGGACUCCCUGGAGAAGCAGCAUUACUUCACCGUUAAUUUCAACCACGAGAACCAGAAGACCCUGGAGCUGAGGACCGAGGAUGCCAAGGACUGCGACGAGUGGGUGGCAGCCAUAGCUCAUGCCAGCUACAAGAACCUGGCGACAGAGCACGAGGCGCUGAUGCAGAAGUACCUCCAUCUCCUGCAGAUUGUGGAAACGGAGAAGACCGUUGCCAAGCAACUCCGCCAGCAGAUCGAGGACGGGGAGAUCGAGAUCGAGCGCUUGAAGGCCGAGAUCGCCUCCCUGCUCAAGGACCACGAGCGCAUCCAGGCCGGCCAGACCAGCGCGCCCAGCGACGACGACAGCGACAUCAAGAAAAUCAAGAAGGUGCAGAGCUUCCUGCGGGGCUGGCUGUGCCGGAGGAAGUGGAAGACGAUCAUCCAGGACUACAUCAGGUCCCCCCACGCUGACAGCAUGCGCAAGAGGAACCAGGUCGUCUUCAGCAUGCUGGAGGCGGAGGCCGAGUACGUCCAGCAGCUCCACAUCCUCGUCAACAACUUCCUGCGGCCGCUGCGGAUGGCGGCCAGCUCCAAGAAGCCUCCCAUCACGCAUGACGAUGUCAGCAGCAUAUUCCUCAACAGCGAAACGAUCAUGUUUUUGCACCAAAUCUUUUACCAAGGCCUGAAGGCAAGGAUAUCCAGCUGGCCGACGCUGGUGCUGGCCGACUUGUUCGACAUCCUGCUGCCCAUGCUGAACAUCUACCAGGAGUUUGUGAGGAACCACCAGUACAGCCUGCAGAUCCUGGCACACUGCAAGCAGAACCGGGACUUCGACAAGCUGCUGAAGCACUACGAGGCCAAGCCCGACUGCGAGGAGAGGACCCUGGAGACUUUCCUGACCUACCCCAUGUUCCAGAUCCCCAGGUACAUCCUGACGCUGCACGAGCUGCUGGCUCACACCCCGCACGAGCACGUGGAGAGGAACAGCCUCGAUUACGCCAAGUCCAAGCUGGAAGAGCUGUCCAGAAUAAUGCAUGAUGAAGUGAGUGAGACCGAAAAUAUUCGAAAAAAUCUGGCGAUAGAGAGGAUGAUUAUUGAAGGGUGUGAAAUUCUGCUGGACACCAGCCAGACUUUCGUAAGACAAGGGUCCCUCAUCCAAGUUCCGAUGUCGGAGAAAGGAAAGAUCACGCGGGGGCGGCUGGGCUCCCUCUCGCUGAGGAAGGAGGGCGAGCGGCAGUGCUUCCUCUUCUCCAAGCACUUGAUCAUCUGCACCAGGGGCUCCGGAGGCAAGCUGCAUCUCACCAAGAACGGCGUGAUCUCCCUCAUCGACUGCACGCUGGUAGAGGAGCAGGAGAGCACCGAUGAGGACGCAAAAGCAUCAGGGCAAGACAUCGACCAUCUUGACUUCAAAAUCGUGGUGGAGCCAAAAGAUUCCUCAUCUUUUACGGUUAUCCUCGUGGCCUCGUCCAGGCAGGAGAAGGCUGCGUGGACCAGCGACAUCAGCCAGUGCGUGGACAACAUCCGCUGCAACGGCCUCAUGAUGAACGCCUUCGAGGAGAACUCCAAGGUCACCGUCCCCCAGAUGAUCAAGUCUGAUGCCAGCUUGUAUUGUGAUGAUGUUGACAUUAGGUUCAGUAAAACGAUGAAUUCCUGCAAGGUCCUGCAGAUCCGCUAUGCAAGCGUGGAACGGCUCCUGGAGAGGCUGACGGACCUGCGGUUCCUGAGCAUUGACUUUCUGAACACGUUCCUGCAUUCGUACCGCGUCUUCACCACCGCCCUGGUCGUCCUCGACAAGCUCAUCACGAUCUACAAGAAGCCGAUCAGUGCCAUCCCCGCACGGUCCCUGGAGCUCCUGUUUGCAAACAGCCAGAACAACAAGCUGCUGUACGGCGAGCCCCCCAAGUCCCCCCGAGCCAACCGCAAGUUCUCCUCGCCUCCCCCUCUCUCCAUCACCAAGUCCUCGUCCCCCAGCCGGCGGAGGAAGCUCUCCCUGAACAUCCCCAUCAUCACAGGAGGGAAGGCGCUGGACCUGGCUGCUCUGAGCUGCUCCUCCAACGGCUAUGCAAGCAUGUACUCCUCCAUGGCUCCCUUCAGUAAGACCACGUUGGACAUAAACAAACUGUACGUGUCCAGUAACUAUCCCAAUAAAAUCCCUGAUGAAGGAGAAGCAGCCUCAGAAAAGCAAGAGGAGCCGCUGCCGAGCAAGCAAAGCUCAGAGGUAACUGUCAGGGAAGAGUCGGACACAGAUCCCAAUCAGAGCGAUGAAGCAGAAGCUGAAACUUCCCCAACAAAAUCUCCGACGACUCCUAAGUCCAUCAAGUGCAAAAAUUCAUCAGAUUUCUCGUUGUUUUCUUACAACAACGGCGUGGUCAUGACAUCCUGCCGGGAGCUCGACAGCACCCGCAGCGCCCUGUCCGCUGCCUCCGCGUUCGCCAUCGCCACGGCGGGAGCCAACGAGGGGACCCCCACCAAGGAGAAGUACCGCAGGAUGUCCCUCGCCAGCGCAGUUUCAGGCUUUCCGACGGACCAGCGGAAUGGAGACAAGGAGUUCGUGAUCCGGAGAGCGGCCACCAACCGGGUCCUCAACGUGCUGCGGCACUGGGUCUCCAAACACUCGCAGGACUUUGAAACCAACGAGGAGCUGAAGUUCAGAGUGAUCGGCUUUCUGGAGGAGGUUAUUCACGAUCCCGAGCUCCUGACCCAGGAGAGGAAAGCAGCUGCCAACAUCAUAAGGACCUUGACGCAGGAGGAUCCAGGAGACAAUCAGAUAACCCUGGAGGAGGUUGUACAGAUGGCUGAGGGAGUCAAAGCAGAACCUUUUGAAAACCACUCGGCCCUGGAAAUAGCAGAACAGCUGACGCUGCUCGAUCACCUGGUCUUCAAGAAGAUCCCGUAUGAAGAGUUCUUCGGGCAAGGUUGGAUGAAGCUUGAGAAGAACGAAAGGACUCCUUACAUCAUGAAGAACACAAAACACUUUAAUGAUGUCAGUAACUUGAUAGCGUCGGAGAUCCUCCGGAACGAGGAGAUCAACGCGCGGGUGAGCGCCAUCGAGAAGUGGGUGGCGGUGGCGGACAUCUGCAGGUGCCUGCACAACUACAACGCCGUGCUGGAGAUCACCUCCUCCCUCAACCGCAGUGCCAUCUUCCGCCUGAAGAAAACCUGGCUCAAGGUCUCCAAGCAGACGAAGGCUCUGAUCGAUAAGCUACAAAAGCUGGUGUCGUCGGAGGGCAGGUUCAAGAACCUGAGGGAGGCACUGAAAAAUUGUGACCCUCCGUGCGUCCCCUACCUGGGAAUGUACCUGACCGACCUGGCGUUCAUCGAGGAGGGGACCCCGAAUUACACCGAGGACGGCCUGGUGAACUUCUCCAAAAUGAGGAUGAUUUCACACAUCAUAAGAGAGAUCCGCCAGUUCCAGCAAACCUCCUACAAGAUUGAGCACCAGCCUAAGGUGACGCAGUACCUGCUGGACCAGUCGUUUGUGAUGGACGAAGAAACCCUUUACGAAGCUUCUCUGCGAAUAGAGCCCAAACUGCCUUCUUGAGCCCGGAGCAGUGGCCGGCGGCUGCUCGUGUACACACGCUAUACCAUACUGUAUAUAUCCGUUUGUUUCUGUUGGACGCCCUGGAGUGACUUCCACGUAUGUGCUUCUCCAAGCAAACCGCCCCCCUCGUUCUUUGGCCGCAGUAGACCUCGCGUAGGAUUUCCCGCAUCGUUUAAGGUUUCCACGCAUCGACACUUUGCUGGAGUCCCGGUUUCUUUUCGAUGAUGAUGUUAUUUUUGUCAUUUGUGCUUCUCGAGGGGGCCGGCGGUCGGGCAGGUGACCCCGUGUGUUCCCACAGGGCUCUCGGGCGGCAUGGAGCGGCUCUCGCUCGGACGGUGCCGGCAGUAACAUCCCUGGGCAAGCUCUGUAAGGCGGGGGAAGAGAACGCGUCAAAGUUUAUCCCUCCGUGGGAAGCUGCCCUCUCUCUCUGUGCCACCCCCCCGCGCUGGCCCGGCGCCAGGGGGGGCUCUCGGCCGCUGCCCCCGGUCCCUCCUAAGUCGGGAAGAUGGAAACGUCCCUUUGACUCUCCUCGCUGCAUACGGCUCAUGACAAGCUUCUGUUGAUAUGCUAUAGAUCCGUAUACCUUGUGACCACUAUGAGUAACAUGAUGUAGAAUUAGAAAAAGAUGACCGAGUGUUUUUAUUACAUAUACUGUAAUCCUGUCUAACCACCUUCUAGCAGGAAUAUAGUAAUGUAGUGCUUAUUCUGUGAAUAUUACCAUGUAUUUUUUACAUUGUACAGUAUAUAAACACAGUUUAACUUUACAGUGGCAGGCAUGCUCCACUCUAACAACCGGAACACUUUUGCUGUAAGCAAUACCUCGUGGUAUGAGAAUUCUCUUUCAAGCCCUAAAACUAUUUCAACUUACAGCUUGUUUGGAAAAAUAUUUCCAUUUUUUUGUAAAAAUAUAUGUUUCCUGAUUACC